CAUCAGCACCAGUAACUGAUGCGCGUCCCCGCCCCGGCAGAGGCUACCCGAGAUCCCGGGAAGAGGAGUUGAAACUGCGCUAGUUAAAGUUGGGAAAAGGGGGGUGAAAGGAUGCUACCGUGCCCCGUGGAUAGGAGAACACAAUCUACGAUCUAAUUAACAUAGCAUGUGCGGAAACGCGUGUCCUCUGUAAAGGAUGAUUUGCAAAAUAUUGAGCAUAAUCCUUUUAUUUUGGGGUGUUCAAGAAUGCUCAUCACAUGAAUGUGUUGAUCCCUUGGUAUCUUCGCUCUAUGCCAACUCCUUCUUGGCCUCUUCCAGAUAUAACUUUUUGUACUCGGCCAACUUUGCCAAAUUGUAUGGGAGCAGUGGCUGGUCCCCGUCCCCCCGGGACAGACAGCCCUGGCUGCAGAUUGAUCUGAAGAGGAAGUACCGCAUCCAGGCCAUCGCCACCCAGGGCACCUUCAAUUCCUAUGACUGGGUCACAAAGUACACCCUUCUCUAUGGUGACCGCCCCGACUCCUGGACGCCCUACGUUAUGAAAGGAGGGAACUCGACGAUGCCUGGGAACUGGAACUACCACCAGGUGAAGAGGAAUGUGUUCCACUAUGCCUUCACAGCCAAACACAUCCGUCUCCUGCCCCUGGGGUGGAACACAGAGAAUGGAGGCAAGAUUGGCGUCAGGCUGGAGGUGUUUGGCUGUGCUUACGACUCCUACGUGAUGCAGAUGAACGGGGACGACUCGGUGGCCUUCAUGUUCCCAGGGAAGAGGUUCCGGACCCUGCAGGACCAUUUUGCCGUGAACUUUAAGACCCUGGAGCAGGACGGGCUGCUGCUACACAGUGAGGGAGUCCAGGGAGACAUCUUGACCCUGGAGCUGAGGAAAGGACGCCUCGUCCUCACCAUCGGCCUAGGAAGCAGUACGGUCAACCAGGUGGACGGUCGGACCACAAUGACCGUUGGCAACAUACUAGAUGACCAGCACUGGCAUUACGUCACCAUCAAGCGCUACGGUCGACAGGUCAACUUCACAGUGGACGCCCACACUGAGACGGCCAUUAGCAAAGGAGAUUUCACCUACAUAGACCUGGACACUCAGAUGUAUGUGGGCGGAGUGAUUGAGCCCAAUGUGCCCCACCUCCCAGAGGUUCCUAACUUCCGUGGCUGCCUGGAGAACGUCUUCAUCAACGGGAUCAACGUCAUCAACAUGGCCCAGGACCAGGAGCCUGAGAUACGCAUCCCUCGGCAGAAAAAGAUGCACUACGCGUGCCGUGACAUCCUAUGGAAGCCCAUGACCUUCGCCGGGCCCAACAACUACCUGCAGGUGCCUGGGUUCUUCAGGAAGCCUCGGAUGUUUGUCAAGUUUAAGUUCCGUUCCUGGGACUACACAGGCCUGCUGAUGUUUACACGCUUCGCUGACGACCUGGGAGCCUUGGAGCUGGGCCUGAGUGAGGGACAGGUCAAUGUCACACUCUUUCAGCCAGGCAAGAAGAAACUACAGUUCGCAGCAGGUUACCGUUUGAAUGACGGUUUCUGGCACACGGUAGACGUAGCAGCCAGGGACAACCUACUGUCCAUCACCAUAGAUGAGGAGGAGGGCUCUCCGCUGAAAAUCACCAACCCCUUCACUGUCCGCACAGGGGACCGCUACUUCUUUGGAGGGUGUCCGAAGACUAACAACACGAUCAGGAAGUGUGAGACCAAGCUGAACCACUUCCACGGCUGCAUGCAGCAGAUCUUUAUCGACAACGAGCCGGUGGACAUCGACAUCAUCCUGCAGCGACGCUGGGGACGCUACGCUGAACUGUUGUUGGGCACCUGUGGUAUCACUGACAGAUGUACUCCAAACCCCUGUGAACACGAGGGCAGAUGCAUCCAGUCCUGGGAUGACUUCAUAUGUCUGUGCGAGAACACAGGCUACAAAGGGGAGGUGUGCCAUAUGUCGGUCUACAAAGAGUCGUGUGAGGCCUACAGACUUACUGGUAAAUCCUGGUCAGGGAAUUAUACCAUAGACCCGGACCUGAGCGGACCCUUGAAACCAUUCGAGGUGUACUGCACGAUGAAAUCCGACAAGGCAUGGACGAUAGUGAUGCAUGACCGUAUCGACGGUAUCAAGGUGACCGGUAGCACGGUGGACCGUCCUUACAUAGGAGAUGUCAACUACUGGAAUGCCUCCUGGGACGAUGUCACAGCACUGGCCAACACCUCCAUGUACUGUGAACAGUGGAUCGACUACUCCUGCUACAAGUCACGCAUCCUCAACACGCCCAAUGGGAGACCGUACAGUUUCUGGAUUGGUCGGAAUAACGAGAGUCACGAGUACUGGGGCGGGGCUUUCCCUGAGAGUGGGAAGUGUGGCUGUGCUAUCAACCAGACCUGCACUGACGCCAGGUUUCACUGUAACUGUGACGCUGACUACCGCCAAUGGUACUCAGACAAGGGCUAUCUGAUGUGGAAGGACCACCUCCCAGUGAGGAAGGUGGUGGUGGGGGACACCAACAGGACAGGGUCAAAGGCCCACAUCAGCCUCGGGCCCCUACGUUGCCAUGGCGACAGGAGCAUCUGGAAUACCAUAUCGUUCACCAAGCCCACCUACAUCGAGUUCCCCACCUUCAGGCCAGGCAGCACCAUCGACAUCUCCUUCCACUUUAAAACCUACCGCCCCCACGGAGUCUUCCUGGAGAACUCAGACGACUGGCUCCGUAACUUCAUACGCAUUGAGCUCAACACCACCCAGAACCUGGUCUUCAUAUUCAUGGUGGGAGACGGCAUCCUCAACGUGACGCUACGCUCGCCGGUGCCUCUAAACGACAACGAGUGGCACUUUGUCCAGGCAGAGCUCAACGUGAAGUUGGCCAGGAUCAAGGUGGACUAUCAGCCAUGGGCUGUGAGACGCUUCCCUGGCCAGACCUUUGUCACCAUGGAGUUCACCCACCCUCUCCUCGUGGGCGCAGCCAAUCGCACGCUGUGGCCAUUCCUGGGCUGUCUCCGAGGGUUACGAAUGAACGGUGUAACCCUUAACUUGGAAGGCAAAGCGAAUGAGGAACAGGGUAUACGGCGGAACUGUACGGGCCAGUGUCUGAACGCGACCAUACCGUGUCGAAACGCCGCCCAGUGUAUCGAGGGCUACGCCGCCUACACCUGUGACUGCGGCAACACUGCCUUUGACGGAUUCUACUGCCACAAAGACAUUGGGGCCUACUUUGAGAUAGGCUCGUGGUUACGCUACAACAUCAGAAAGAAGCCUACGACCAAUGAGGAGUGGUGGGCUAACUGGCUGGACCCCCACUACCACAACUUCAGCCUGGGCUACAACGACACCAGUGAUGAGAUAGAGUUCAGCUUCAGUACCUUCCAGACGCCGGCUGUACUGCUCUACAUCAGCUCUUUCGUCCAGGACUACAUGGCUGUCAUCCUGAAGAAAGAUGGAACCUUAGACAUGAGGUAUAGGUUGGGGUUGAUUACCCACAAGUACCAGUUGUCCUUCAGGAACCUGGCAGAUGGAUACCCCCACUACGUCAACAUAACCAGACACAACAGGACCAUCAGGACACAGGUGGACUACAUGGAGCCGAUAGUGGAGAAGAUCACCCUAGUGGAGGACGGCAGGUUUGAUUCGCCCAAGAACAUCUUCCUGGGGAGAGUGAUGGAGGUGGGUGACAUUGACUAUGAGAUCCAGAGGCAUAACAGUCCUGGUCUGGUGGGCUGUAUAUCUGGGGUGAGGUACAACAUCUACGCCCCUCUUAAGACCCUCUUCCGGCCGAACGAGACGGAACCGCCGGUCACCGUGCAGGGGUUCGUCUCCGAGUCUAACUGUGGGGCCUUCCCUCCUGUCCAUGGAUAUGUCCCCUGGGAGGCGGACCACUGGUUCACUUCUAUAGAAUACAUAUAUAUCCACGAUGACCUAGGCCUGUUUUGGUUGACAGUUGUUGUCGCCGCGGCCGUGAUAUUGCUGUUCAUAGGUCUGUACAGCAUCUACAUCUAUCUGUACCGGUACAAGGGCAGCUACCACACCAACGAGCCCAAGAACUUCCUGGAGUCCCCUGGAGGCAGCAGCUCCAGGCCCCUGACAGGGACCCUGGAGAAGAAGCGAUAUCCAGCGAUAGAGGAAGACUUUCGGAGUGACUAGCCUCAGGCUGGG